AUGCUGGGGAUCUAUAAAUUCGUUUGCUAUGCGCGGCAGCUGCACUUCGUGCUCUUCACGGCGACGCUGGACAACAGAUAUACUGCUGGCAGUGGCUCACCCUGCUCGCGCUGGGCUCGCACAGCUGGAUUACUCCUUGGAUUGCUCUGGGUUGUGAUCUUCGUGCUUGGCUUCGUCGGUGGUCUUCGUCGGCACCCGCUCUUCUUCAACGGCCAAUUGACUUGCUUCUUGGCCCGGAUUGGUGAAUUCUUCUGCUUGCGACAGUCGGUUGCGGAGUGUUCGCUAACGACUGGGAUCUUUGAGCUUGUAUGCUCUUCGCGACUCUUGCUCGGUUUCUCCAUCUUCUGCGCGGCGCCGUUGGGCAUCAGUGCACAAACUGUAUGGUCAUGCGGGCCCUCCCCAGGGCGUUGCUGCAGUGGAGAGUGUGACGUUCAGGCCUCGGUUUGGGCUCCAAAAACGAUGUUGGUUGGGGCCCAUUUCUGGCCGUGGUUUCGUGGUGCUGGUCCCCUCCUUGGAGUGCUCCUGGCCGUGACCUUUGCGUAUGGCUGCGAUGGUACCUUGGUUCCGUGGCCUGCCGGUCUGGACGGCGUGCGAAUUGGCGAGGCUCACAACCCAGGCCACCGCCGUCGGGCAGCAAAGGGCCAUUCCUUGGCAAUGUCUAUCUCCAACUUGCGCCUCCGGUCCCACAACUUGGGGGGCAUUCGUCAUUGGGAGCGCAAGCAGCGCCUUUGGGAUCCGGAUGCCAGCCCGGAUGUAGGCGCCUACCAAGAGACCUGGGCUGAUGCCAAGGAUAUCCUUGACACGACGCGCCACCUUGAAGAGCGUGGCUAUCGCAGUCACUGGAGUGCACCGGGCCCCCCACGUGGCCAAGGAAACGGCUCCUUGGUCACCGCCCUUCGGCCGAUUGUUGCCCGUCCCCUGUUCGACGGGCAUUUUGACACCGAAGCCGCCCAUCUCUGGAGUACCACUCGUGUUGCAGGGGCCUGGGUCGAGACUCGUAAAGCCAACGAUGGCAUUGGUGUCAUCUCCUUCUAUGGGAUCUCGGGCGGCAAUGCUGAUGCCGGAAAGCGUGGUCAAACUGAGCGCUUACUCACUGCACUCAUGGGUUACUUGGGGCCAUUUUUCCAGAAGCCACUUUUCAUUUGCAUGGAUGCAAACCUCACGCCGGACCGGAGUGAGGUGCUGACGGCUUUGAUGCGUUUGGGCUGGGUGGACGUGGCGGCUGGCCUGGGACCCACCUUUCGCCUUGAUCCAUCCAGCGAUGAGGCCAACUCCAAGAUUGACUAUGUCUUUGCAAACCCUGAGGCUCGGAAGUUGGUUGAUGGUGUUGAGCUUCACUGGGUCCCGGGAUAUCAACAUGCUGCGAUUGACAUUUCGUUGCAUCUUUCUCUGUCUACAGGGCCUGGACAUCGUUUGAUCACACCACGCCGUUUACCGCCCCUGGACCCCUUGUGCGCGGGAGAUGCUGAAAAGUUUGACCUGUGGGCUCACACUCACUGGCAAGAAGGUUACGCGGCUUCACACUCUUCACUGCUGGCGGCGGGGGACACUGAGGCUGCUUGGCAACUAUGUGAAUCUUUUGAUGCUGCCUGCCUACGAGCUCGCCUGGAACAUGCUGGUCUUGCCGACUCUGGUGAAUGCAGCGGGAGGGGUGGAGUGCCCAAAAAGGCUUUGAUCCGACCGUCUUGUCGUCAUAUCAGACCACAGGCGGGCCCGCAUGACGCUUUGUGGCACCGUUUUGAACAGUGGAUUACGAGACUGCAGGAAUUGCGCUCGCAAGACUCGCUGGAGGCCCAGCUGCUCUUUGCUACUCUCUGGCGCAUCGUCUGCUCCCGCUUCUCGGUAUUGGUUGCCAGCCUUUGGGACGAGGAACUUGCUUUGCAUCCUGCCUCUGAUGAUGGAUGGCUUGAUCUUCAAGCGAGACUCACUUUGGCUCGUCAACGUCGGGCUGCUGCCGCUGCUGAACAUGCUAAUGCUGCAAAGAGUAAGUGGGCCAAUGCCAUGCGGAAGCUUCCUGCUGCUUGCAAAUAUCUUAAGGGCACUACUUGUUCACGGACUGGCCACCUUGUCGACAGGGAGUCGGGCGAGAUUACGGUCGUCGUUAGCCGCAUGCACGAUAUGCUCUUGAAGGCGUGGCAGCCCCUCUUCCAGCUCUAUGCGGAUGCCCCUGAACCCACUUGGGAUGCCUUCCGUGCAGAAUACAGUGCCGAGUUAGACGGUUGGCGCGCGCGAUGCCCCCAGGACCUCCCGGCUGACGCCCUCGAACGCGCAGUUCGCGGUCGCAAUCCUGCUAAAGUCGGUGGCACUGACGGCUGGACCACUGCUGAGGGCCACCUACUGCCUACAGCUUCGUUUGCUGCGCGCCAGUCUUGUCUGAAUGCAGUUGCGGACGGGGCCCGAUGGCCGUCCCCGCUCCUCUUUGGCACUGUGCCCAUGAUGCCCAAAUCUGACACCGGUUUUCCUGAGGAUCAGCGUCCAUUGACUUGUUUGUCUUUGUGGUCUGUGAGUUGGGAUAAGGCCAUCUACAACUUGUCCAAGAACUGGCUCGAUGAGCUCUUGCCAUGUCAGAUGCGAGGUGCCAGGCCCGAUGCUAUGACGAUGGACAUUGCGUGGGUUGUCACGUUGCUUUUUGAGCAUGCUCAUCUUUACCAGCAACCUAAGCUCGGCUACUUCUUGGAUCGUGAGAAGUGUUUUGAUCGCCUGCCGUGGUCCAUCUUGUACGCGCUGGAAGGUUCCACGGGCUUCCCCGCGCAGUGGUCUGAUGCUGAUCGACGGCUCAACUCCGGGCUGCGUACGGCCUUCCGCCUGGGACCCUUGGUUGGGCCUUUUUGGGCAUCGACGAAUGCUUUCCGCCAGGGCCUUGCUUCCAGCGUACGUCGGGUCUCGCUGCUGAUGGGCAUCUGGGUUCGGAGACAGGUUUCUCUGCUCCCCGCAUCGUUCGUCGGCAACUUCUUUGAUGACUGUCUGGUUGUCAACAGCUCUGCUGAUGAGAGGCAGCGUUCCAUGGAUGAGAGUGAUCGUUUCGAUGUCUUGACGGGUCAGAAGAUUGGUCACAGAAAGACGGUUGGCUUCGUGCUGCCUGAUGGUGAUGCUCCCUUGUUUUCUCGGGGCGUUGCACUCAAACAGGUCGCGUCUGACAAGCUCUUGGGGGUUUUGAUUCCCGCCGACGGCCUUCGCGACUCCACGCUGCAGGACACUCGUGUGCUGGCUGCCGAAAAGUUCCUGCCGCCUAUCCUCAAGCUCCCCAUCUCUCUUGAGGAAAAGGCCAACCUGAUCUCUUUGAAGACUGCCGGUGCGCGUUACGGGUUGGAAAUCGAGGAGCCCUCGCCUGCAUGUGCUCACAGUUUCGACCAACAAGUGUUGCAAUGCUUGUGUGGCUACCGGGCUCAUCGUUGCAAAGCCACUGCCAUGUGUCUUGCGUGGAGGGGCCAUCGCCUUUUCCUCGAAAUGGCGGUGCCGUUUCAAGCUUUUGACACUGCUCAAUGCCAGCUGCAGCGGUCAUCUCAGAUCCGGGAACUCUUUCUUGAGGUUUGGGAGUUCAGGGAUGCUCAUGGCCUCUGGGAUGGCGCUGGCAUCUUGAGUCACCUCGCGCGCCAGUGCAAGAAGUUCGGCUGGCAGUGGACUGAAGCCUUCGGCAUUGAAGCCACGCAUGGCCUCGACAUUGAUCUUCGCUGCCCUGUCCGUGGGUGGUACCAACAUCGUCUGCGGAUUGCCAUUCGGCAGGCCUUGCUUUCCAGUGUGCCAGCACGCAAGGACCUGCACGGCAUUCAUGAGGGAGUUAACUACGAGCUCACUACCCGGCUCCUGUUGGGCCAGAGUCUUUCUUUGGAGCAGCGGUGCCGUCUUCGCUUCUUGUUUGAGGGCCGGGUUGCUACUGCUGAACGUGCUUCCAAACACUCUGGAUGCUCGGCUAUCUGCCCGAACUGCGACAUCGAUGUGACUGAAACCUCUCUGCAUGUCUCUCAGGUGUGCCCUGCCUUUGCUGCCCAGCGGCAAGCCAUGCUGGAUGCUACGACUCAGGUGGAGCGUGACUCUUGGCCUGCCUGUUUCUGGAAUGCUGGCAUCGUGCCCCACGACCCGCUGCUUGCUGCCGCAAACCGUAAGCUUGGAUGUUUUUCCUGCCAUGAUGGGCCGGCCCCUGAUGGCCCCGUGUCUGCAAGCUCCGAUGUUUGGCUACGUGACGGUCGUCUGGUUGUUGCCGGUGACGGCGCCUGCACCCAUCAAGGCUUGGCCAUCGCUCGGGCGGGUUGUGGCGCCUACUUUGGACCUGAACACAGACUCAACUUUGCCUUCGCGCUGGAGGGCCCGUUACAAGACUCUGACCGUGCAGAACUUCGCGCACUCCUUCGGGUCGCACGGUGGACCCCGUCUGCGACGGAGUACUUGACUGACAACGAGGCGGUGCUGCUUGGAUUUGCAAAGCUCUUCGUGGGUCACUCCAAGCCUUGGAAAGACCACAACGACCUUUGGCUUGCGUUGGGUCAGGUUUUGCACUCCCGUGGCUGGGACUUGCUCCGAGUUUCCUUUGUCAAAGGGCACGCUACGGAGAUGGACGUUGCUCUUGGCCGUGCCUCUCCGCGUGAGGCCUUGUGGAACGCACGGGCUGACAACCUUGCGGUGGCUGGGGCUGCCAUUCACGCGAUUCCCCAGGAACUUGUGCUGCGUUUUCAGAGGCAGGCUGCAGUCACUGCUUUGAUGCAACGUACGCUGCUCAACAUUCAUGCGGAGAGGACGCGACUGUGGCAGUCCUCCCAGCAUGCAGAUCCUGAUGGCCAGAAUCCUGAUGUUGAUCGUGCUGCUGACCACCUCGAGGCCGAUGAAGACGCUGCGAGGGCCCUGCAGGAUGACCCUCCACGGCAGCUUGACGUCCAGCAUGUGUUACAGAACCCUCAGACGGCUCUGCCACGCUACUGCUGGCUCAAGCCGGAUGGUGGCGUCAGGUUUCGUCUGCAGCCUUUGCCUAGCCGAGUUGGCCCUGCGACCUUGCGUCAGGACCGCCACAAGGGUUGUUCUUCACAUACUCCUUGGGCUUAUGGUUAUGGAUUGAUUGAACCCUUGUACUGGUUUUGGGCUAGUUUGCGGUGGGUCGAUGAAGCAAAUGCCAGCAGUGAUGUGGUCGAGUCCAUUUCCUUUUUGGAACUGGCGAUUGCUUUUCAGUUACUCACCGGCGUGCUUGCCGCCGACCCAAAGCAUGGAGCGACGCCCACCAUGCAGCAGAGAGUGCACUGGUUUCGAUCAGCUUCAAAGAGACUUGAGGUCAUCAUAGGCGCCUUCGCUUUCAGCAUGGCCCUGGAGUGUCUGGCCGCAUAG